CAUUUAUUUUGGAGUACUUAUGAAAUACAAUUAAGAAGAUUUAAGAAAGGAUGAGAAGAAUAAUCAACAGUUAUUGAAAUGUUUCUCAACAGUAAUUGCCUCUAGCAUUUACAUUUGGAUACAUAAUUCACUACUUAGUCUUCCAAACCAGGAAACACAUUUUAUAUAAAAGAUUGAAGUACUAAGAGAUAAUAUUUUACGAAGAUAAAAUUAUUCCUUGAGUACCGAUACAAUGGAUCCCGAAGAUGAUAUUCAGCCACUCAUCUACAAUGAGGUGGAGAUCGGACGCACAGGUUCUAUAUCCGAAUUCACAACACAAAUGUUGAACACUGAUCCUGAAUUUGAACAGGUAGUAUAUGGCUACCGAAAAAGCAGAUGGCGAACCGUUUUAGUAUACAUAUUUUCCGUACUGACUUGCGGUAUACCGUUCCUCCUCUUCCAUUGGUCCCCGACAUGGUUCCUAUACGUCACCUGCGAGCGAUGCUGCUUCCAAUUGGCUGAUCAGGUGCUAGUUGUUGAAACUUACCAAAGGAAAUGCAAGAGUUAUUACAUCCACAAGAUAUUAGACAAAAAUGUUUCGGACUCAAGUGGUCUCCUAAACGAGGGUUUCCAAGAUGAGUACGAAAAGGAGAAAGGGCCGAUUGACUGCGCAGAAGACCUGCACACUCCAAUACAUCUGGAUGAUGGAUCUACGCUUUUGGUGCAGCACUACCGCUACUUCCGGCACAAGAAACAGACAUUAGUGUGGGACGUGGCGCGUGCGCAGUGGUUCUUACUGGCGGGCAUCGAGCGCGGCGCCAGCUGCGCGCAGCUGCAGGCGCUGGGGGCCAAGGCGCCCAGCAGCGAGCGACGGCUCCGGAUGUUGAACAUCUACGGUCUGAACGAGAUCAAAGUGCCAGUUCAGUCGAUAGUGACACUAAUUCUACUCGAAGUCUUCAAUCCGUUCUAUGUGUUUCAACUGUUCACUAUCGCAGUGUGGCUGGCGGAGCCGUACUAUUACUACUGCAUUGCCGUGGUGCUCAUGUCGACGUUUGGUGUUGCCACCUCUGUUAUACAGACUAAGAAGAAUCAGGAAAGUCUCCGCGCGACGGUGGAGGCGCACGACACGGUGGAGCUGUUAGACGGGCGCAGCGUGGACACGCGUCACGUGUCUCCGGGGGACGUGGUGGUGUUACCAGCGCGGGGCUGCGUGCUGCACUUCGAUGCCGCGCUGCUCACCGGCUCCGCCAUACUCAACGAGAGCAUGCUCACUGGCGAGUCGGUACCAGUAACGAAGACGGCACUCCUGCGCAUCGACAAGCGGUUCGACCUGAAGGAGCACGCGUCAAGCGUCCUGUUCUGUGGCACCAGGGUCAUACAGACCCGGUACUACAACAAUGAGCCGGUUAAAGCGCUGGUCCUCCGCACGGGUUACAACACGAGCAAGGGCCAGCUGGUCCGCAGCAUCUUGUAUCCGGUGCCGGCGGACUUCAAGUUCGACCGGGACUCGUACAAGUUCAUUAUCAUCCUUGCUUGCAUCGCCAUGAUCGGGCUUGGGUAUACCGUCGCUUUGAAGGCGUACCGGCACCUGACGCCGGGCGACAUCGCGCUGAAGGCGCUGGACAUCAUCACGAUCGUGAUCCCGCCGGCGCUGCCGGCCGCCAUGACGGUGGGCCGGCUGUACUGCGUGUCGCGGCUGCGCGCGGCCCGCGUCACCUGCCUCAACACGCGCGCCGUCAACGUCAGCGGCUCCAUCGACUGCUUCUGCUUCGACAAGACGGGUACCCUGACAGAGGACGGGCUGGACAUGUGGGGCGUGGUGCCGGUGUCGCCGGCCACGGCGCCGCCGCGUCUGGGCCGCGCCGUCCGGGACGCGGCCGCGCUCAACGACCUGCACGACCUCAAGCUGGGGAUGGCCAGCUGCCACAGCCUGACGCUCCUGGACGGGGAGCUCGCCGGGGAUCCUUUGGACUUGAAGAUGUUUGAAUCAACGGCGUGGACGCUAGAAGAGCCGGACGUGCCAGAGUCUACCAACUACGAGAUACUGACCCCCACAAUAGUCAAGCCCAAGAAGACUGCCAAUAUUAACGUCGACGAUAUACAUAUGCCGCUAGAGUUGGGAAUAGUGCAGCAACACCAGUUCGUGUCUUCGCUGCAACGGUCGUCUGUGGUGGUCAGAAUGUUGGGGGAGGACAUUCUGCGCGUGUACUGCAAGGGGGCGCCUGAGAUGCUGCGGACAUUGUGUCGCCCUGAAACUGUUCCUGACAAUCUGAACGAAGUGCUGAGUUCGUAUGCGGAGAAGGGUUACCGAGUGAUAGCAAUGUCUACCAGGGUUAUGGAGACCACCAUGAAGCAGCUGCAGAGGAUGACCAGGGAAGAGGUGGAGCGUGAUCUAGAGUUUCUAGGUCUAGUGAUAAUGGAGAAUCGCCUCAAAGCAGCUACCACGGACAUCAUCAGAGAACUGAAGGAAGCCAAUAUACACGUCGUCAUGAUUACUGGUGACAACGUCCACACAGCAGUCAGUGUGGCCAAAGAAUGCGGCAUCCUGGCGGGCGGGGAGAGAGUGGUGCACCUCAAUGUGGACACCAGCGGGCCACAGCCAGAGUUGUAUUGUGAGAGCACGCUGCAUGGGGCUCCGAUAGGUCGCCGUACCCCACUUCAACGGUCUUGGCGUAGCGUGGAUAGCGGGCGCGGGUCGUGGCGCGGCUCAGGCAGUGCAUCCACCCAGCUGGACGUGGAGACGGGCGGCGAGGCUAGCUAUAAGGUCGUCAUGACUGGCCACGCUUGGCAGGUACUCCUAGAACAUUACCCCAGCAUGGUGCCGCGCGUGGUGGCUCGCGGUGCCGUCUUCGCGAGGAUGUCGUCUGACCAGAAGCAGAGACUAGUCGUCGAGUACCAGGCGCUGGGAUACUAUGUUGGUAUGUGUGGCGACGGAGCCAACGACUGCGGGGCCCUACGCGCCGCUCACACUGGCAUCUCACUAUCGGAACUGGAAAGCAGUGUGGCCGCGCCCUUUACUUCCCAACACCCCGACAUAGUCUGUGUGACCAGGGUCUUACGCGAAGGCCGAGCCGCUCUGACCACAAGUUUUGGCGUCUUUAAAUUCAUGAUCGCUUACUCUCUGACUGAAUUCCUUUCCGUUGCAUUCUUGUAUUACUUCGAUUCUAAUCUAACUGAUUUCCAGUUUCUGUACAUAGAUGUCGCUUUAAUAGUCAACUUUGCCUUCUUCUUCGGAAUGACUGAAGCGUAUACUGGGAAACUAUGCAAGAUACCACCUCUGACAUCUUUGUUGGGGUUUGUGCCGCUACUUUCUUUGAUUGGACAGAUGGUAUUAAUCGUCGUAGCGCAGUUUUUGAGUUACUACGCGUUGACUUUUUAUCCGUGGUAUGAAAGGCAUCUGUAUGAAGGCGACGAAGCGAAUGAAUGUUGGGAGAAUUACGCAAUUUUUGCAGUGUCUAUGUUUCAGUAUGUUAUCCAAGCGAUAGUUUUCAGUCACGGCGCGCCGUAUAGAAAAUCUGUCAUUACGAAUAAACAGCUUAUGAUUAGCAUGCUAAUUAUGAUUGGGAUAUGUAUUUACAUAGUUUUAUCCCCGGCCGAAUGGCUCGCGAGGUUUUUGGAGUUAAGAAUGCCGCUAGAUAUUUCAAUGGGCUAUAUAGUUUUAGCGCUAGCGUCGUUCAAUUUUGUCCUAGCGCUUUUCUUUGAAAGGGUUAUCAUUCAAUAUAUGAUGGAACGUAAAGAAAUUAUCCCUAGGUGUUUGAAGGAGAAAAAGGUGAGGAAAACUCCAUAUUUGACGAUUAAAAGACAAUUGACAGACAUGGAUUAUUUGGACUGCGACAGUGUUGUCAAGUUUGACAAGGAAACCAGUGUUGUUUCAGAUUCUAGCUCGGGAAGGUUUAGUUGAGGUUAUGGUAUUUUCAUUAAAUCAAAAUAUAAUCGAAUGAAAUGAGUAUUGUACAAAAUAUUGACAUAUUUUUUUUGGCA